AUGGGACUUGCUACGCCCACGCAAUCUCCUCCGCCACUCACUCUGCGCUCUUGCGGAUCGUUGGCCGUGCAGGUGGCUAUCCAGAUGUUGCGGGACGACAUUAUUCGCAAAUUUCACAACCGACGCAACCGCAGCGAACGAGCUGUGCUGCAGUAUGUGUGUAGAAGGUACGGCUUGCACUUUCAGCGCGUGCGCUUUCCGCAAGCGCGCGAAGCCGUGAGGCAAGGGCGAGCGGUUGUGGCAAUCUUCACGCUGUCGUCUCCGGGAUGGGACAAAUUUGGUGAAUUCUUCAGCACGCACCGACGUGGAGUGCUAUGUAGGAAGCACAUGCGGGCCGGGCGCGGCGACGAUGGCGACGACUCUGAAGGUUACGCAGAUUCUUCGCGCGAUGGUCAUGUAGUCACAUAUAUCAAAGACGAUGACCGCUACAUGACCUUGAUGAACUCUUGGGGCCCAGAUUUUGGUGACAGGGGCUUUUUCAAAAUAGCUGGUCCGUGGGUGUUGUCUGAGCUAGUGCCGAUGGAGUUCUUCGACAUCUUCUGGUAUGAGGAUGAUCUCUCGAAGCAAGCGCAGAGGAGUUUUCGCCGCCUCCAUCGUCGAAUGUAG